AAUAACGACCGGCAUUCACUGCGUUUCCGUUGCCCAUGACACCGGAACGAAGUUCUGACAGCUGAUUCUCCACUCAGUUUCUAUCCACUCUGAGAGCCAGAAGAAUCUUUCUAGAAGUGAUUUACAGUUGGACCUGCCCCAGAGAAGAGCUGCAGAGCCCGGCUCACACAGGAGGACAGCAGAGUAUGGUGUAGACCGGAGCUAGCUCUGAGACAGCAGGCAUUCGAGCAGCAGUGCAGUCCAGCACAGUGCAGCGUGGGGCAGACCGAGGCAGACCACAGCAGCAGAGCCAUGCUUACGUUGGCCAGUAAGCUGAAGAGGGAGGAAGGAGGAAAGACGGGCCGUGCCUCAGGAGCCUCAGACUCCACCCAUAGGGUCUCCAUCAGGGACCGCCUCCUUACCAAAGAAGUUGCAGAACUUGAAGCCAACCUCCCUAGUACAUGCAAAGCCAAUUUCCCAGAUGAGGAUAAGCUGCAUCAUUUUCACCUGGCAGUGUCUCCCGACGAGGGUUACUACCAAAGUGGAAGGUUUCAGUUUGAAAUCGAUGUCCCUGAAGCCUACAACAUGGUGCCUCCAAAAGUGAGAUGUCUGACCAGAAUAUGGCAUCCUAAUAUCACAGAGAAUGGAGAGAUCUGUUUGAGCUUAUUGCGGGAACAUUCUAUUGACGGCACAGGCUGGGCCCCCACCAGAACACUAAAGGAUGUCGUGUGGGGUCUGAACUCCUUAUUCACUGACCUUUUGAACUUUGACGACCCGUUGAAUAUCGAUGCAGCAGAACAUCAUCUGAGAGACAAGGAGGAUUUCCGAAAUAAGGUUCAAGAAUACAUCAAGCACUACGCCAGAUGAUAGGAGCACCGGCUACGUACGCCAGCCUGCACCAACCAACCAAACUGCUCUACCUUGCCUCUGCUAACCUUGGCCAACUCCCCCACGUGUGUGAAUCAACAGCUGACUCUCUGACUCUUACCGACCCCCUCCUCUCGACACAGCUCUGCCCAUGACCUGCUGUUCACCUGAUUGCAAUAAAAUCCACAUUGAAGGAACAAAAUAAAAACGAGAGAAAAAAUAAUGAGGAAGGGCUUGCAUACAAAAGAAAAUUGUGCUUUAAUUAUACUAAUCAAUGAGUGUUACAAUGACCACAAUGUCUGUCCAUUGUGGCGAGAUGAUUGAAUGACGCCGCUCACUCGGGUGUCCCUGAGCCGGACAAAAACGAGCCAUGGCGACAAAUGGCGAGGGAUGAGAUCGAGUGAUUCAACGGCGGGGAAAAAAAAACAACGAAAGGAAAUGACAUUCAGAUGUUUUAAAAAUGGAUGAAUCAAGAGACAGAAUAUCUGUUGCUAUCAGUUCUCUGUUCCAGUGCCUGCCAUGUUUGUGUCGCUAAAGAGAAAAUGCAUGUCCACAAAGACACACAUACACACACUUACACACACACACACAGCGUAACAUCCUUGUAGUGAAAGGUUAACAUAAACACACACACAGGUUGCUGAACACUUGCCUAUUAAUGAAACACACAAUGCAGACGGAGAGGCUACGGCCCCACCAGACAGCAUGUGAAUGACCACAUUGUCCCGUUCUGUGUUUAUUCUCCUUGCAUGUGCACACACACACACACACAAAUCUCAAACCCUCAGUGUGUGUUUGUCAUCUCCAGUGGGAGACGUUCGACUACUAAAACCACAGCCAAG